UCUUGCUAGGGCGAUUUUUCUGUUCGAACAGGAAGAGCAUCGUUUGUUAUGUUGCUGCAGUGAAACAGAGGGAAGGCUAGUCAAAGAUUUUUUUUAAAUCAUACAUUUGCGAUUCUUAUUAGAAGCAACGCAUUAAGUACUGUGCUUGUUUUGAGAAGUCGUAUGCCUAGUCUUCAGAAAGAAAAUAUUUUUUUAAGAAUUUCAGUUCCGACCCAUCCCAGAAAUGACAACACCAGUGUUUUUCGGCUGUACGUUCAUCGCGUUUGGCCCAGCGAUUUCAUUGUUCCUGUUUACAAUCGCCAGGGACCCUUUGCGGGUUAUCUUUUUGAUUGCUGGGGCGUUCUUCUGGCUGGUGUCUCUGCUGCUGUCCUCCCUGGUGUGGUUCAUCGCAGUACAGAUUAGCAACAAAGAGAAUGCAUCGGUUCAGAAAGGACUUCUCAUCUUCGGAGUGGUGUUGUCAGUGCUGCUCCAGGAAACCUUCCGCUUCGGUUACUAUAAACUACUCAAGAGAGCUAAUGAAGGUUUGGUGGCUCUGAGUCAAGAAGAUGCAAUGCCCAUUUCUAUAAGACAACUGGCUUAUGUAUCUGGCUUGGGAUUUGGUUUCAUGAGUGGGGCAUUUUCAGUUGUCAACAUCCUGGCUGACUCGCUGGGUCCAGGCACUGUGGGGAUUCAUGGAGAUUCACAACAUUAUUUUGUAUCAUCAGCCUUCAUGACAAUGGCCAUUAUACUGCUGCACAUGUUCUGGGGAGUUGUUUUCUUCGACGCCUGUGAAAAGAAGAGGUGGUGGGCUGUGCUCAUAGUUGUUCUGAGCCACCUGCUUGUGUCGUGUCUGUCGUUCCUGAAUCCUCAGUAUGAAGGCAGCCUCAUCCCAGCCUACAUCGUUAUGUGUGUGAUGGGAAUGUGGGCCUUCUCCAGUGCGGGCGGCUCUCUCCGAAACCUGAAGCUGUGUUUAACAUGCAGGGAUAAGGAUUUUCUCCUUGCAAAUCACAGACCCAGAUAGCGCUGGGGAUUCCAGGACACUUCUCACAAGAACUGUUUUGUACAAGGAGGGGUUCAGUUACAGCUACUCACUGUUGUUUCUACGGCGGUGCUUUCUUUUACUUUUCAUUUUGAAAUCAUUGACUUUUCCUGGCAGAGACUCCAUGGAAACGCGAGCCAAAAAAAGAUCUUCUGAUUAAUUGCAUUGAUAUUAAUGUUUGGUUUCCUUGUUCCUGUUCCAUUUGAAGUCACCAAUAGGCAGUGAGAUAUCAUGUAAUCACGAUUUCUGUUCCACCUUAAUAACUACGUCCUGAAGGGGGGUGGGCACUCAUUUCUACCAGUUUGUUUCCUUUCGUGCUAUACCUUGCCAUUCGACAGGUACGUCGUGCUGAGUAUUUAUUGGAAAGCCUUUUCAACAAUUCUUGUCAUUUUAGUCCAGGUGCAUUUAUAAAGGAGAGAUAUACAGCUAUGGCCAAAAGGUUUGCACUUUGAAUUUUAGGGUUGAGACAUUAAUAAAGAAUAUGUAUAAAGCGGUAUGUAAUUCAAUCUGUUAAGGUGACAUUAUUCAGCAGGUUUCAUUCAUUUUUAUGAAGCAACUUUAGUUCAUUCUAGAGGGUGUUGCUAAACUUUUGGCUGCAGUUGUACAGUAUAUUGUACCUCAUGACUUCUACUGAAACAUUUUCUAUGGAAAGAUUACGGCCAAGCUUGCUUUUGAACAGUCGUUAACCAUACCACAGAUUUUAAACUAUAAAGAAAUUUGGGCAUUGCAUGCACAUUUUUCUCAAUUGUUUAAGGCACUUUAUAGAAGCAAGCUAUUUGUAUUAUUAGGUAAUAAUAAUAUAUUUAAAUAGUAUAUUUAAAUGUUUAAUCCAGUUGUUAAUAGGAUAUUAAUAAAAUGCCUGUUAAUUUUAUAAACAAGACCCAAACAGCCAAGUCCUAUAUAUCAGGGUUGCUGCUCAUUUUGUGAAUUUUUUUCUCAUUUUGAGUUACAGACUGGUGCUUUUAAAUAGGAAACUUCACAGUCUUACCAUGUAUACAUAGACCACUUUAGAUUUGAUAAGUAGCAAACACAGUUUUCAAGACCCUUUUUGUGUGGCUAUGUUGACACAGUGAUUUAUUACUUGACCUACAAUGGUGAUGACUGGGAUGGAAUUAGUGAGAGCUGCUGGUUGAUGUCACUCGAUUGAGAUUUCUUUACAUCAGUAAUUCAAGUGAAUGUAACAACUUCUCCAUAUAUGUUUGAACCAACAUAACAGCACAGUUAAGAACCAAACGUAAUAAAUACUAGAAGUACUGCUGAAGCGGAUGCAUUCACUGCACAAUGCAAUGGCUAUGUAAACCAGACUGUUCCUAUUUAACUGGAGGAAUUGAGAUAAAAACAAACUGUAAUGAAAUUCUCUGGCUAACAUAACAAGAUACUGACCGUUUAGUUUUCUAAUCGUUUGUCGGUCGCUAUUAAAGGGUAAGUUGGUUUGCUAAUGAAGCUUUCCCUUUAAGCAUAAUCGUGCUUUUCUAUUUCAACCUGUUUUAAUAUAAUGAGCCACAUUUGAAGCUCACACAAAUAAUAUUGUUGUGUAAAAGCAUUACUUUUGCAGGAGAAUGAACUUCCACUACAGUUUAUAGUGCGCUGUUAGCCUAAGCUUAACUAAAAUGUAGUAGUGUCUACUGAUAAUAUUCGUAGCAAUCCAAUAAUAAUACCUCAGAGCUUUUGAUCAAUUAGAACUGCUGUUCUGUUCAUUUUGAAUCUUUAUUAACACUUGUUUAAAUCAAGCAAACCUGUGUAUAGCUGCUGUACUUUCCAGCUUUUGCCUUGUAAAGGAUGUAUAUAUCCUGUUUGGAGUGGUCAAAGUCUAAAGUAACUAAUUGCCACACGUGUUUUGUUAAUGUACAGAUAUUCUUCUUUAAAGUGUUUGCUAAAUUUCUGAUUUCUUUUUUUAUAACAGUUUCUCUUGACGCUGCUGGAUGUAUCUUGAGGCAUGGUAGUUUGCCGAUCAUCCCUGUCCUGAUUUUAAACUGUAAAAGUAAAAAAAAAAAAAAAAAAAAA